CCGCCGCGCCUCGGAGCAUCACCAACCAUCACACGAGCGCGGCGCGUUGCUCAAGUCGGUCGACGCGGACGUUAGGUUAGUCGCUCGCUCGCCGGUCGCGUCGCUCGAGUGCCGAUCGGAUCGCCCUCGACCGGCCACAGACCUCGACCGGCCACGGACCUCGGCCGCCGAAGGCGCCGAAGUGACAGUGCGGUGCGCGGAGUGCAACGGUGCAACGGGAAGACCAGCAGCGCGCCGCCAUGCCGGCAGUUGGGAUUAACGUCAGGAAGGUGGUGUUCGAGACGGCGGUCGUCCUCGCAGUGGGCUUGGCCGUGCUCAUGCUGCGGGCCUUCGCCAAGCCGCACCGCCGCGGCUUCUUCUGCCACGACGAGUCCAUCCGCUUCCCCAAGCUGCCCGACACCAUCUCGGACACCAUGGUCGCCUUGGGGACCCUGGGCAUCCCCACCGUCUUGAUCGGCGUGGUGGAGGUGCUGCGCACGGGGCGCGGCAUCCCGAGCGGGCUGAGCUGGCGCGGCGCCGCCGUGCCGCUGUGGGCCGUCCGCGUCUACCGCCAGAACGGCGUCUUCAUCUUGGGCGCCGGCCUCACCGAGCUGACGGCGGACCUGGCCAAGAACUACGUCGGCCGGCUGCGACCCAACUUCCUGGCGGCGUGCAACCCCGUCACCUCCGGGGACGCGUCGUCCUUCGCCAAGCUCUGCGCCGCGGCCACGCCGGGCAACCCCGUGUACGUCGCGCCGGGCUCCUACUACUGCCUCGGCGACCCGGACGACGAGAAGGAGGCGCGGGCGUCCUUCCCCUCGGCGCACUCCGUGCUGGCCUUCUACGCCGCCGUCUACCUCGUGCUGUUCGUCCAGGCGCGCGGCCGGCGCCUGCUGGGUGGCUCGUGCGCACUGCUGCGCCCGCUGCUGCAGUGGCUGCUGCUGCUGGCCGCCUGGUGGAUCGCCCUGUCGCGCAUCGUGGACCACAUGCACCACCCCGGCGACGUCCUGGCGGGCGCCACCAUCGGCACCAUCUUCGCCUGCCUGCAGGUGUUCCUGGUGAGCGGCUUGUUCGGCCAGGAGAAGCGGUCGGGCGAGCAGCUCGUCGUGCUCGGCACCACCACCAAGACCUACAGCCAGCCCAACUGCGUCUAGGGGCCGCGCGCCACGCCGACGCGCCGCUGCUUUAUCUACUGCCCGGCCCUGGAGGGGCAGUUUCGUCUGUGAUGCACCAAUGAGGUGCCAAGCUAUUGUUAAUUUCGUGUUUUUAUUUUAAUGCAAUAACUACUUUUUGUUUUAAGUUUAGACGCGUUGAAAGAUGGGAGCCGCAAAGUUUUGCCUCGUCUAAUUUAUUGGGAUAGUUUGUCCCUCACAUUGUUUUGCCAGUUUAUGUUUUAGAUAGACGCUCAGAUGGCGUGUGCGUCAUUAUUCUGUCCGAUAAAACUUCGACAUAUCAGUAUUGAAACGAAAGUGUAUGUAUACAUUUAAUCCAGCAUUUUAUUAGUCUUAGGACACUGGCGCUCAUUUUGCGCCAGUUUUUGUAAAGUGCCUGCAGGAUAGAAACGUAGAAACUAUAACUUAGCUUAAGAUUUCAACUAGGUAUUAUUUGUGUCAUAACAAGUUUAUUGUCUUAUUUAAGAGAGAUCUUUCGGGAAUUGACUGUGUGCUUCAGAAUAUUAAACGUUCACACAGUUAACCAAAACAAAAUAAACGGAUCCUGUUCUCUUUA